GCGCGCUUACUGGGCCGGAGCUCGCGCGGCAGAAUGCAAGCUUGUUGCAUUGCAAAGGACACGACGUUGCUUCCGUAUAAAGUCUCAGCCAGUCACUUGACCUCCCGGACAAGGCUAUGAGCGACGACGACCAGACGAAGCAUCACAUGGAAUGUGCCAGGUCCCUGUCGCCACCGACUGGCAGGAAGCUGCCGCGAAUGCCUAAGUGCUCCAGAUGCAGGAACCACGGCUUCGUGUCGCCUUUGAAGGGGCACAAGCGUUUUUGCAACUGGAAAGACUGCCAGUGUCAGAAGUGCAAACUGAUCUCGGAACGCCAACGGGUGAUGGCGGCCCAGGUGGCUCUUCGAAGGCAGCAGGCGCAGGAGGAGGAGAUGGGCAUUUGCAGUCCGAUUCAUCUGUCUGGUACUGAGCUUGUGGUUAAGGACGAGGCGACCAGGGACAGGGCCUGCUUCUUCUCUGUGGGGGAGAAGUCCCCACCGGCAUCCACAACCAGCACUGCCACAUCCCCCUCUGCCGCAGGGAGUCGUUCCACUCUGGUGUCCAGCCCUACAUCCACCAGCAGGGGGCACUCUGAGGGUACAUCUGACCUUGUGGUAGACGCCUCAUACUACAACUUCUAUCAGCCCUCCCGCUACCCAACUUACUACAGCAAUCUGUACAACUACCAGCAGUACCAGGUGCCUGCUGACGGCCGCCUGUCCGGCCACAGCGUGUCCCCGCAGUAUCGCAUGCACUCCUAUUACUCGGCAGCCUCCUACCUGAGCCAGGGCCUAGGAACGCCUGCCUGUGUGCCCCCCAUCUUCACCCUGGAGGAGACGCCCAUGUUUCCCCAUGGCAGCAUCAAUGACUCUGGCCCAGCUUACCUGUCGAUCAAUUCCCUGGUGACUUCUGAGGCAAAACAGGAGUGCAACAGCAGUUCUGAGUCAGGAGCCUUCGCUGUGGACUCAGUCAUUGAGGGGACUGGUGAAUGAAGCACCAAGAGAAGGAGAGAAGUGCUGGAAUCUAAUUAUUUCCUGAUCAAAAUUACUACUGUCAGUUCCUGAGUAUAGCACUUUCCUUAAGGAGUUUCUCAGUUUUUGUUACAUUGUUACACUAUUGUUUCUAUUUACUUAAUCUAAUGAAACCUUUUUUAUGCUUGGGAAGGAACAGAAUACGAGUAUUUUGAGUCAGCUAUAUAAAAGUUACAAAUCAUAGUUUAAAAUACCACUGCUGAUAAUGGUUCUUUCUAAAACAUUUUAUUUCAUUGACAUACUAACCAGGUCAAUUCAGGGAGCGCUUAUUUGUAACAUUUAUGUAAAUGUUGACUAAAAAAGAUUUUUUUCCAAAGCAUGUACAGCAGUCAAAAGAAUCAUCAGCGGUCAGUGCCAAUUGAAAUGUAUUCAGACUUUCAGUACUAUUGUCACAAGCAAUGUUUUGUUUUGUAUGUGGCACACUGCAUACCCUGCUGAGAUUUGUUUAUUCCUGCAUCAUUCAAACUGAAUUUUAUUAACAAAGGCAUUUUCAGGUUUUUUUUGUGUUGAACUUCAUGUUCAUCCAUUUACUGUUUUCCUCUUAUGGAUCAGAAUUCUUAAUACUUUUCAAAAGUGCAUUGGUAAGUUGUUCAUUUUAUCUUGAACCUUUGAUUACAUAGUUUUCUAAAGCUUUAAAUAGUUUCCAAAGGCAGUUUUACUUUGCUUCAAUAUGGUAUAAUAUUUCCAACUUCUGAUCAAAUUAAUAUGUCCGCUUCUUAUUAUGAACUAUGUUGGAAAAUACGGACUAGUAAGUAAUUAGCUAUAUAUCCUAAGUAAAUUGUAUUUUAGAAGGAUAUCUUUGCUCGCCAUGCCAGAUUUAGUAGGGUCACCUCACUUGUGAAAAGGUAGGCUACAUUCUGGCAGUAUAAUUUAGUUUAAGAUGUUUGCAAACACCUUGUCAUAAAAUAUCCUGCUUGCAUUGUCAUUGAAAGACAAACCCUGAUAGUAUACAGUUCAAUGAUAACAGGAGUAGCAACUUCACUCAGUUUAGUUUUACAUAAAUAAUCACAUGCAUGCUUUCUUACUUUUUUGUUGUAAAUGCACCUGUUUUUAUGGACAUUUUUAAUGCAGUUGUGUGCUCUUGUGUGCUUUGGCUACAUAAACCACAGGUAAUUAACAAAAUACAUAUAUUAACAAAUUUUCAAUAUCCCAGAAGUCUUGUUUCACUGGUUUUAAAUAAAGCAGUGUUUAAUGUUAAUGUUCAACUGUGUUUUGUAACUGCAGAGUUUGUCAAAAUAAAAAUGUAUUCAGU